CCGGGCUCCGCGGCGGCAGAGGGAGGCGCGUCGCCCGGCCAUAAAUUUGUGAUUAUCGAGCUUCCAGCGCACUCCGCGCCCCUAAUUGACCGGAUUUACUCGGGCCGCCCCCUCCCGCGCCCGGCUCCGCGCGCCCGGCCCGGCCCGGCGCUGGACGGCUGCGGGCAGCGCCCCGGAGAGGAUGAGCCGGGAUCCCCGGAGCAGCGCGGGGGCCGGCCCCGGAGCGCCGCCGCCGCCGCCGGAGCCGUGAAGCAGCGGAGCGCCCAGCGCGGCCCCUCGGGCCCGUCCCGUCGGGGGCCCCGGCAUGGAGGGCCGGGACUUCGCGGCCCCGCCGCACCUCCUGGCCGAGCGGGGCAGCUUGGCGCAUCGCAGCGGCUCGGGCCGCCUGGCCGCGGCCGGCCCCGCCGUCCAGCACCCGGGCCACUUCCAGCCGGGCAAGUACUUCCCCUCGCCCAUCUCCAUGGCGGCGCACACGGCAGGGAGCAGCCUGAUGGGGAAUUCACCCGCCUCGUCCUUCAUGGGGAGCUUCCUGACCAGCAGCCUGGGCUCGGGCGCCCCCGCACACCCCGCCGGCCCCGCCUCGUCCCCCUCCGAGCCGGCCUUCCGCGGCCCCCACUCCGGCACCUCCCAGCUCUGGUUCUCGCACUCCCACGAAGCUCCUGCACUUGCCUCCGCAGCCCCGGGGUACCCCAGGUUCUCAGGGAGCCUGGCUUCCACCUUCCUUCCCAUGAGCCACCUGGAUCACCAUGGAAACGGCAACGUCCUCUACGGCCAGCAUCGCUUCUAUGAAAGCCAGAAAGACAACUUCUACCUGAGGAACCUGCCGGCACAGCCCGCCCUGCUGUCGACCAACCACAACUUCCCCAGCAUGGCGCGGGCAGCACCGGGGCACCCCGUGGGCUCGUGCAGCCGGGACCGGGAGCCCAGCCACGGCCCCAAGGCCCACAAGGACUACGAGCGCUUCCUGGCGGCCAAGGAGAAGGGUGGCAAGGGCGAAGCCAAGGAGCGGGCGCCCGAGGAGGAUGGCAAGGAGAGGCACAAGGCCGUGCUGCCACUGGUGCCCGACGGGCACUGCAAAGAGGGGCCCCCCCCACGCGGCGCCUGCGAGACACGACCCAAGCACCUCCCCGCCUGCCUGGUGAAUGCCAAGGUGCUGGCCGGCGAUGCCACCAAGUCCCUGCUGCCCAGCUGCACCGGCGGCGGGGCCCUGCCGCGCCACAGCGCCAUGCCCCCUGGCCGCUGCACCAAGGAGCGGGACCUGGCCCCCCACGAGUCGCCCCAGCCCUACGGCGAGGGCGUGGAGCGGCGGCAGAUGCUGCACCACGCCGUGUCCUACACGGUGCCCUCCAGCCUGCCCGCCAGGCCGCCCCCGCUCAGCAGCGCGGCCGGCUCCUUCCCCUGCCUGCAGCUGCACGCCGGCCCUGACGGGCUCUGCCCCUUGCCGGACAAGGCCGGGCGGGAGCUGAAGAUGAGCGGGGCCACGCUCGUGCCUUCCGUGGGGCACCUGGCCGACAAGAGCCGGUCCUUCCAGGUGCCCUCGGAGCCCUGCGGGCUGGAGCGGGCCGAGGUCAAGGACCGGCACGGUGAGCUGGGGCCCGAGCACGGCGCCAGCGCCUACGCCAACUCCUUCCAUGCCCUCAAGGCCGAGGCCAAGGCGGAGCGGCGGCUGGAGUGGGGCCCUGGCGCUGGCGCCCGCCUCAAGGGCCUGGAGUACCUGGGAGGCACUGGCGCCGAAGCCCCCUACGCGCCCACACCCAAGGGCGGCUUGGACAAGGGUGGCUACUUCGAGAUGGCGCCGGGGCCCGACUGCGCCCGCGCCAACCCCCCGGAGGGCCUGUGCGUGGCGCUGAGCCAGGCCUGCUGCACUUUAGACAAAGCCGGCAAGGAGCCGCCGGGCCCCGGCGUGCAGAAGGUGGCUCGCAUCCGGCACCAGCAGCACGCGGGCCCCGACAUGGAGCCGGCGGGCGGUGGCCCCGAGGCCAAGCGCAAGCCUCUGGAGCUGAGCUCCCUGGGCUACGGGGGACCCCCGCUGCCCCCCUGGGGCGUGCAGGGCCAGGGGCCCCCCUUGGCCCUGAGCGAGGAGCGGAAGAGCUCCUACCUGGACCCGUUCAGCACCAGCCUGCAGCAGGCCGCGCUCAUGACGCAGGGCUCGGUGCUGGGCCAGGACCUGCCGGCGCCCCCGGACGAGGUGUCGGCCAUGAAGAACCUGCUCAAGUACAGCAACCAAGCACUUAUCGUGGGCCAGAAGGCCCCCUUCGUGGGGCUGGGCGGCCUCAAGGCCAGCUGUGCCCACCAGGACCCCAAGUUCCCCCCCCCGGCCGGCAAGGGGCAGCCGGAGCCCGAGCGGCCGGACUGCGCCCGCAGCCGGGAGCACGACCCGGGCCACGGCGAGGGCGAGGUGCGGCAGCCGCCCGUGGGCAUCGCCGUGGCUGUGGCACGCCAGAAGGACACGCUCAGCCGCCCCGAGCCCUCCUACGGCACCGGCUCCAGCCGCCAGGGCCGGGCGGGCCUGGGUCUCAAAGGUAACGGGGGCGAUGGACGAUGGGAGCAGGGUCCCGCCGCCCGGCCGGGCACUCACGCAGCGCUCGUCUCUGCAGCCGGCACAGCCCGGCCCAUGCACGUCAUCGACCUGGAGCCCGAGGACGAGCGGAGCCGCCUCUGCGAGGAGCGCCUGGGGCUGGCCGGCCGCGAGCUCCUUCUCCAGGACAACAAGGAGCUGGUGGAGUUCGCCAGGAUCCACCCGUCCAGCAGCUGCCCCGGAGACCUCACCCCCCACCUGAUGAUCGCCGGCGGGUCCUCGCUGCCGGCUGGGCAGCUGGGGGGCGACCCCGGUGCCCACGCACACCCUGCCCACGCGCACUGGCUGCCCAGGACGCGCAGCCCCUCCCUCUGGAUGGGGGGGCACUCGUACGGCAUCGGGCAUCCGGCCCUGCACCAGAAUCUGCCGCCCGGCUUCCCCGCCUCCAUGCCCAGCGCCAUGCAGUCUGUGUUCCCCCUCUCCCAGGAGCCCCCGGCCCAGCUGGUCAUCCUGCCCACGGAGCCCACGGCCCAUGGCGCCCCGCACACACUGGCAGAUGUCAUGGACCAGGCAUCGCUGUGGCCGCCCAUGUACGCGGGCAGGGGCCCUGGCUCCCACCUGCAGCACGCGGGGCAGCUGCCCGUGUACUCGCGCUCCCAGUUCCUGCGGCAGCAGGAGCUCUAUGCCCUGCAGCAGCAGCAGCGGGCGGCCCAGGCGCUGGAGCUGCAGAGGCAGGCACAGAUCCAGCGGAAGCCGGAGGAGCAGCACAUGGAGCUGGAGGAGCUGGGCAUGGAGAAGCCCCUGAAGCCAGCCCACAAACCAGUUGCCUUAAACCCCCCGGCCAAGGGCGGCCCAUGCCCCACCAAGCUCUCGCCCUGCUGCCACUCGCCCCCACUGCGGCACCUGCCCAAGUGCCCUCCGGCGCACCCCGCGGCCCCCUGCACUUUACCCGUCUGCCCGGCUGCCAGCUCGGCCGUGGCCCCGCGCUCCCCGGCUGUCAGCCCCGUACCCUCGCAGAGCUCCAAAGGGACCGACGUGGAGGACAAGAGAGGGGAGGGGCAGCCCCCCCAGGACUACCCCCCCUCGCUCGAGCCAGGUAGGAGCAGGGGGCACCAGGGACCCUGGCACGGGGCAGCUUGGCGUGGCCUUUGCUCCACACCAAGCCAUGGAGCCCGGCUGCAGGGCCCCCAUCCCGUGGCACGGCCUGGCCAGCUCGGGGCAGAGGGCAGAGCUGACCACGUGCGCCUCCCUGCAGACCUGCCCCCCGGCUACAGCUACCCAGCCAGCGGGCUGGGCUACGUGUCCCCGCUGGCGCCCGAUGCCCACUCCGCCUCUCCGGCCGACCCUGACACUAUGCAAGCCGCCUCCCCGGCCGCGGAGCCUGAGCAGUCCCGGACGUUCCCCCCUGCCGAGGCGGGCGCCGUGGUGGUGCGGGCCGAGGUGGGCGCCGUGGCCGAGGCUGAACCUGCCGUGCCGCCCCUGCGACAUCACCACCUCCUGCUGCCCCCGGGGCCGGCCUGCGGGGAGCUAGCGCCCAUCUCGGGGCAGGUGCCGCCCUACAGCCCUCUGCCAGGCGGGACAGGCCUGGAAGCGAUGCCAGGGGGCACGGAGGAGCUGGAGGGCCCUCCGCCGCUCACCGCAGAGGAGGAGGACGAAGACGAGGAGGUGUCGGAGGGCAGUGGCGAUGAGGAGCUGGAGGGCAACGCCUCGAGCGGGCACCCGGGUGGGCUGGACGCGCUGAUCGCCGCCAGCAUCGGCCUGGGGGACCUGCCUGCCCUGAGCCCGCGCCCUGCAGCCUGCCCCUGCGGAGCCGGCGUGCCGGGCAUUGCCCUGCUCAGCGAGCUGGCCGAUCUGGAGCUGCAGCAGCGCCGCUGUGACUCGGCUGCCCCAGCAGUGGAGGACGAAGACCUGCUGGCUUUCAACCUGCAGCACCUGGCCACCAUCGCAGCCGCCUGGGCACUGGUGGAAGCCACUGGGUUGGAGAGCAGCCCGCCCGCCCUCAGCCCCCGGCCAGCCGUCCCCCCGCCCCGCGCCCGGGCCCCACGCCGCAAGUACACCUGGGCCCCCAAGACCAAGCCGGUGUGCCCGCUGAAGGCUGCCAUCGAGCAGCUGGACACGCAGGAGGUGGAGAUGCGGAUGCGGCUGGCGGAGCUGCAGCGCCGCUACAAGGAGAAGCAGCGGGAGCUGGUGAAGCUGCAGAGGCGGCAUGACCACGAGCGCGAUGAGAGCUCCCGCAGUCCAGCCCGGCGCGGCCCCGGGCGGCCCCGGAAACGCAAGCACUGCAGCACGCUCAGCGCCCUGCGCCAGGCCAGCGCCCUCGGCAAGGCCGACAGCCGGAAAGUCAAGUCGGUGAAGGCCAGCCUGUCCCUGCUGUGCGCCGAGCUGCGGGGCGACACCGAGCCCAAGAAGAAGAGAAGCAAGAUGGGCGAGGACGCCUACGGCAGCCUCAAGAGCUCCCAGGACAAAGUGCGGUGCAAGAAGAGCGGCUCUCAGAGCAAGCUGGUUGCCAAGGUCUCGCAGCUGAAGCAGAAAGUGAAGAGCAAGGCGCUGCCCGCCGGCCUCGGCCCCUUUCGCCGGAAAGACCCCGCCGCCGGCAGCCGCAUCCAGAAGAAGCUCUCCAGGGCCAAGAGCUCCAAAGUGGGCGGCUGCUCCAAGUACCCGCCGCCGGGCCCCGAUGCCCGGGACCCCCCCGACUUCCGCGGCCAGGCCAGCCCGGGGGCCAGCGGCACAGACGAUGACCCCGACGGGGACUCGGACAGCGAGGAGGGCGACGAGACACUGCUGCCCCGCGACCCCCCUGGGCUGGCCCUGCUGCCCGCCAGCCCCCCCGCCGUGCUGGGGCCCUCCCCGUCCUCCGUGGUGAAGAUGGAGGCCAACCAGAAGGCCAAGAAGAAGAAGGAAAGGCAGGGGUUACUAGGGCUGUGCCGCAUCUCCAGCCCCGAGGGCGAGGUCAAGAUCAAGCGGCGCCCGGCCAAGCCCGGUGUGGGGGCGCUGGAGAAGGUGCCCGCCCGGAAGAAGCCGGGGGCCUGCGAGGGCAGCGCCAAGAAGAAGCUGAAGGGCAAAGCCAAGGAGAGCCUGCGGGAGCCGGGGCAGCCCAGCCCCAGCCCCCCGGCCCUCGGCCCCUUCCCCGGGGCUGAGCCCAGGUUGCUGGGGGCCAGGGACGACGGGGCGAAGAUCGCCAGCGAGCGCCUCAAGAAAGCCACGCGCAAGAGCAAGGUGCUGCAGUCGGCCCUGCGGCGGAAGAACGGGACGCUCUCACUGGCGCUGUCACCCCGCAACGCCAAGGCCAUCCUGAGCAAGGGCAAGAAGCUGGGCAAGGUCAAGAGCAAGAUGGCCACCAAGCAGAGCAAGGGCCGGGCGGUGAGCCGGCUGCUGGAGAGCUUCGCCGUGGAGGACGACUUCGAGUUCGAUGACAACAGCAGCUUCUCGGAGGAGGAGGAGGGUGCCCCAGGGGCAGGGCUGGGGCUGGAGCGGGGCGGGGGCCACGGGGGGGCUGGCAGCCGCCUGGUGCCCCCACCCCCCUGCGCCAUCCGCAAGGAGGACCUGCGCGACGGGCUGCCGGUGCUGGUGCCCAAGGAGGACUGUCUGCUGUACGCCGGCAGCGUCAAGGCUGUGCAGCCCCCCGACAUCUACAGCAUCGUGGUGGAGGGCGAGCGUGGGAACCGCCAGCGCAUCUACUCCCAGGAGCAGCUGCUGCAGGAAGCCGUGCUGGACGUGCGGCCCCCGUCACGCCGAUGCCUCUCGCCCGGCACCCGCGUCUGCGCCUACUGGAGCCAGAAGUCCCGGUGCCUCUACCCAGGCAACGUGGUGCGAGGCUCCUCGAGCGACGAGGACGAUGACCCGGACGCGGUGAUGGUGGAGUUUGAUGAUGGCGACACCGGGCACAUUGCUGUGGCCAACAUCCGCCUCCUGCCCCCCGACUUCAAGAUCCAGUGCACGGAGCCCUGCCCAGCGCUGCUCACCUCCAGCAUGUGCCGGCGGACGAAGCGCUCCUCCAGCGACCUGCCCCCACCCGGCGACUCGGCCCCCAGCCUGUGCCCCGAGGGGCGCGAUGCUCCCGAGCCCCCCAAGAACCCCGGGAAGAAGGCGGCCAGCAAGGAGAAAGCUGGCAAGGUGGAGGCGCUGGGUGCGGGCGCACGGGCAUCAGCCCCGAGCGAGCACUUUGCGGGCCGGCGUGGGAGCCCGCUGCUGAGCUGGUCAGCCGUGGCGCAGGGCAAGCGAAAGGCAGCGGGCAAGGGUGCCGCGGUGCUCCAGGACCUCUUCCAGCUGAGCAGUGGUGCCCGGCGGCUGCGGGCCAAGGAGGCGCUGUUCACCCCGCACCACCACCACGCGGCCGCCCCCGUCUUCGGCACCGGCUUCGGGGCCGACUCCUUCAGCCGCAUCGCCAGCUCCUACGCCGCCUUUGGCCCCAGCGCUGGCCUGGCACUGCCCGGCGCCCACAAACUGCUGCGGGCCAAGCGCCUGGAGGCGGAGGCAGGCCGGGCUGGGCGGCGCCGGGCGGGCGCCGAGUGCCUGGUGAAGCUGGACCACGAGGGCGUCACCUCGCCCAAGAGCAAGGCCUGCAAGGCGCUGCUGGCGGCCGACCGGGCGUUCGGCGCUCGGGCGCUGCCGGGCCAGGGCUACGGGCCGCCGGGGCUGGCGGGCAAGGAGCGCAAGGGGCGGGCGCCGGCGCACCCGCUGCCCGUGGGGCUGGCGCUGCGCAAGUUCGGGGGCCAGGGCGAGUGCGGACCGCACUGCGACAGCGACUGCCACAGCUCGUACUCGGAGCCCGAGGAGGACGAGGGCCCCGGGGCGCUGGGCACGGCCGCCGUGCCCUCGCGCUUCCUGGCACGGCUCUCCGUGUCCUCGUCCAGCUCGGGCUCCUCCACCUCGUCCAGCUCGGGCUCGGGCUCCACGUCCAGCCUCUGCUCCUCGGACAACGAGGACUCGUCCUACAGCUCCGACGACGAGGACUCGGCCCUGCUGCUGCAGACCUGCCUGUCGCACCCCGUGCCCGCCCUGCUGGCCCCCGCCGCCCAGGCCCUGCGUGCCAAGGGGGGCGCGCCGCCCGCCCGCUGCUUCCUCGCCAAGGCGGCUGCGGCCAGCGCCAAGGCCAAGCUCAAGCGCAAGGAGGCCCUGAGCUUCUCCAAAGCCAAAGAGUUCUCCCGGAGGCAGCGCCUGCCGUCGGUGGAAAAUCGGCCAAAGAUCUCCGCCUUCCUGCCGGCGCGGCAGCUCUGGAGGUGGUCAGGGAACCCCACGCAGCGCCGGGGCAUGAAGGGGAAGGCGCGGAAGCUGUUCUACAAGGCGAUUGUACGGGGCAAAGAGACGCUGCGUGUCGGGGACUGCGCCGUGUUCCUCUCGGCCGGGCGGCCCAACCUGCCCUACAUCGGCCGCAUCGAGAGCAUGUGGGAGUCGUGGGGCAGCAACAUGGUGGUCAAGGUCAAGUGGUUCUACCACCCCGAGGAGACCAAGCUGGGCAAGCGGCACAGCGAUGGCAAGGUCAGGGGCGCAGGGGUCGGGCCGGGGGGGCGGCAGGGACGGGCUCGGGGCGCAGACCCUGAUUCAGGCCCCGAUCCGCAGAACGCGCUGUACCAGUCGUGCCACGAGGACGAGAACGACGUGCAGACCAUCUCGCACAAGUGCCAGGUGGUGGGGCGCGAGCACUACGAGCAGAUGACGCGCAGCAAGAAGUACCAGGACCGCCAGGACCUCUACUACCUGGCCGGCACCUACGACCCCACCACGGGCCGCCUCGUCACCGCCGACGGCGUGCCCAUCCUCUGCUGACCCCGGCGCCCGCCCGUGCCCCCGGCCCCGGGGGGCCCGAAGCCGUCGCCCGGCCCGCGGGCAGGGCUGGAGCCCGGAGCCUGGGGCGCUGGCCGUUAUGCAA